AUGUCGAGGAGCAACGAAAGGUACAACUAUUUCUGCAUGUUUACGCCCGAAGGGAAGAUACUUCCGAUUGAGGGAGUCAUCAGGUCAACCGAGCACGGGAGCUCCUGUGUGGCACUGCGAAACAAAAACAUGGCAGUGGUUAUAUCGCAAAGAACCAGCAAAAACGACAAGCUGACAGACGGCCAGACCAAGAUAAAGCAGCUGGACGACAACCUUGUAUACGUGUACUCGGGCAUAACAAACGACGGGGUGAGGUUUGGAAACGACUUGAGGGACCAGAUACAGUAUGCAAAGUACAUGCAGGGCUCGUCUCCCCCGGUUGCGCAGCUUCUUGAAGACAAGCAGUUUGAAAACGCGCUUGAAAUAAUGAGGUACGGGCGAAGGGCCUCUGGCAUUUCUGUGAUUCUUGCUGGAGUGGACAAGGACAAGAUAGAGGUGUUUGAGAUGGGUCCAACAGGAGAGCUCAUUCCCUGCUUCGGGUCAUGCAUAGGGUCUCGCGCGCAGUCGGCCCGGACUAUUUUGGAGCCGCACGGCGAAAGCAUUUCAGAAAUGCCAGACAACGAGCUUCUUUCAUUGGGCAUCCUAGCCUUUAAAAACGCAGUGAACGAUCCCGAUGUAAUUUCGCGAGGGCACUUUGAUGUGUGUAAGGUUUCCUUGUCCGAAGGCGUGGUGUUCAUCCCUGGCUCAGAGAUAGAGGCAUAA